AUGUCCCAACUUGACAGAGUAAAAAGCCACCCGCUAGUGACAGACGCAGCUAACUACAUUCCGAUAACAAACGUCGCGACCUAUCUCCUACAACCGCUCGAUCCAGUCGACCCAAACGUCGCAAGCACAUCACACAAUGACACUACACCCACACUAAAUGGAACAAACACUACUAGGAUAACGAAUGGGGCGCGUCGCAUCCGCAGACGGGCACGACGCGUUCCCGCUCACACCGCGUACAAACCGUACACCCGCGUUCCUGGGCGAUUCUCACCGCCCAGACCAUCGACCGACACGAGCUGA